UGUACCAAAGUUACAAAAAAUAGUUGCCAAAAGAGGAAAACGACGUUCAUUUUUGAAACGGACAAAAGAGAAAAGUAAGACAAACAAAUUGAAACAGACAGAUUAUUUCUAUAUAUCUAUGAGCAGUAGUUGACCUUAACAAACUCAUCUAUCUGUUUAAGGCUCUUAAAACUGAUAACAAUUAUAUUCAACAAGCAUUGUGGAGUUCUAAAGCUGAAUUUCGACAAUGGAUUAUGAUCUAUUGAGUGAGAAAAAGGCGUUUGAUGAUUCAAAAGCCGGUGUUAAAGGACUAGUUGAUGCUGGAAUAGUCGAUAUUCCACGAAUUUUCAUUAGGCCACCUGAUGAACUUGUUGAUGAAUUGAAUCAAUGCAAGUUACAGGUUCCAGUUGUGGAUUUCAGUGGCAUAGAAAUUCAGGAUCGGCGUAAGAAGAUAGUUGAUGAAAUGAAGGAAGCAUCAGAGAAGUGGGGAUUUUUCCAGCUGAUAAAUCACGGGGUUCCUUCGAGUGUUUUGGAAGGAAUGAUUGAUGGUACUCGUAAAUUUCAUGAGCAAGAUGUUGAAGUAAAGAAAGAGUACUAUUCGCGUGAUAGAACAACACGAAGAGUUAGAUAUGAGAGCAAUCUUCAUUUGUAUCAAUCACACACCGCGAAUUGGAGGGAUACAUUGAACAUUUCUAUGAUUGCUACUGGUCAUAUUGAACCUGAAGAAAUACCGGUAGUUUGCAGGAAUGCAUCCAUUGAGUACAUCAAUCAUGUUAGAAAACUUGGAGACACACUUCUUGGCUUACUAUCAGAAGCUCUUGGGCUAAAAUCGGACUACUUGAAAGCGAUGGAAUGUGACAAAGGUAAAACAUUGGUAUGCCAUUACUACCCGGCAUGCCCACAGCCAGAGCUAACUCUUGGUACCGAUAAGCACACAGAUCCUGAUUUUCUCACCAUUCUGCUACAAGAUCAAAGUGGUGGCGCCCUGCAAGUUGUGCAUGAUAACCAAUGGGUCGAUGUUGAACCAAUUGAAGGAGGCUUGGUUGUUAAUAUUGGUGACUUUCUUCGGAUCCUAUCAAAUGACAAGUUUGUAAGUGUAAAUCAUAGAGUUGUAGCAAAUAAGAUAGGACCAAGGAUAUCAGUGGCAUGCUUCUUCCAUGGUGCUUUUGAACCUCCAAAGAUGUAUGGUCCAAUUAAAGAGCUCAUAUCAGAAGAAAAUCCCCUCCUGUAUAAAGAGUUUCUUGUGAAAGAUUACAUGGCUAAGUUUUUCUCCAGGCCAGUUCAUAAGUCUGGUCUUGAUCUUCUAAGAAUGUGAAAAAAGUGACCGAGCACCAUGUCGCGGAAACCACCAUAAACCUUCAGAAAAAAGGUAUAGGGUGCUUACCGUCUGAUCAACUCCCGACCCUCUUGUCAUGUACAAUAAUGUUUACCAAUUAUUGAGUGUGUUUUUCAUAUACAAUUUAAAAAGGAAAAAAAGAGUGCUUUUCUUAUUCUGUUGUUUCUUUUCAAAUGAAAGGAUAAAUAUAAAGAACAUGUCAUUGUGUUCUUUUUGUAAAGGCAAGC